GAGAGUGCUAAUAUUUCCGAAAGGAAAUAAUGUGGAUUGUUUGUCGAUGUACUUAGAUGUAGCAGAUUCAGCUACACUUCCAUAUGGGUGGAGUAGGUAUGCCCAGUUCAGCUUAGCUGUUGUGAAUCAAGUAAAUCCCAAGUAUACUGUGAAAAAAGAGACACAACACCAGUUUAACCAAAGAGAGAGUGACUGGGGCUUCACAUCUUUCAUGCUUCUAAGUGAGCUUUAUGAUACCAACAAGGGAUAUCUCGUAAAUGAUAGAGUUGUUAUUGAAGCUGAUGUUGCUGUACGUAAGGUCAUUGAUUACUGGACAUAUGACUCGAAGAAGGAGACUGGAUAUGUUGGGCUUAAAAAUCAGGGAGCUACUUGUUACAUGAACUCUCUCCUACAAACCCAAUACCAUAUUCCCUACUUUAGAAAGGCUGUGUACCAUAUGCCGACUACAGAGAAUGAUAUGCCUUCAGGGAGCAUUCCAUUAGCUUUGCAGAGUUUAUUCUAUAAGCUCCAGUACAGUGAUACGAGUGUGGCGACAAAAGAAUUAACAAAAUCCUUUGGCUGGGACACUUAUGAUUCAUUUAUGCAGCAUGAUGUGCAAGAACUAAAUAGAGUUUUGUGUGAAAAGCUUGAAGACAAGAUGAAGGGCACGGUUGUGGAAGGGACAAUUCAGAAGUUAUUU